GGACUCGCCCGUCGUUAGGCCUUUGCAGUAGGGAGUUGUUUGGCGGAUCCCGCAAGUUUUUCUUUACUUUACAUGUUAUUUUUGUUUCUCUCUAGAAGGCUAAAUCCACAACUUUUAUCCACGAUAGCCUAAUUCGUUACCCGGUUUGUCGACGGACUGUACACACACAGUGUUUCGAGCGUGGUGUUGAAUUAGAGAGCCCAAGAAGGAAGGAAGAGAGGCAUCGGUGACUCGGACUCACCGCGGCGGAGCUUAUGAUGCCGACGUUGCGGGACAGCACCAUGUCCCACCCCGGCGAGAAUUCCCACCAAGUCCGGGUUAAAGCUUAUUAUAAAGGGUAAGAAAUCCCUCGUUACUUCACGCUGUCAGCAUUUCUCUUAAUAACCAAACUGUGGGUCAGUUUCAGACUGUGAAAGCUGGCUAACCAGUUGGCUAACAUUAGCUUCAGCUAACGGCUCGCUAACGUUGGGUACCAGGUUUAGGUAAACUUGACCAGACAGACAGACAGGUGAAACUAUCCAGACGCGUUGUUGGCGAAAAACCGGGAUUUUCUGUGGCAUUUAAGGGAAUUAGAAACUAGAUAGUGAGGCUGUUGGGUUGUUUACUAGCUGUUGUUGACGCUAAAAGAUUAAUUCAGACAGUUUUUAAUCUUUGAAGCCUGUCUUAGUGCUCGGUCAGCUCACUGUAGUGCUUGUUACUUGUUAUAUCAGUCAAUGUUGUAUUAUAAUAACUUAAUUAUCCCAAUUUUAAGAGGGUUUACAACCAGCCUGGUGUGGUUUUGUUUACUCAUUAACAUUGCAGCCUUGCUGACUGUUACAGCAAAUCUUCAGGUUUUGUUGACAUGGCUGGACAGGGGAUUAUUGUACUGCUAUGAUGGACUCGAAGUGUGUUAUAAAGACAGGUGUUCCUAAUAAUUUGUACACAGGGCGGUAAAAUAUCAGCAACAACUCUAAGUGUGUUUACUCCACCCUCUACAACUUCAGCAUCAAAUUAGGAGAACAAUUAUCACCUGUUUGAUCAUGUCAACAAAGAAACCCUGUGCAUUUUAAAGAUGUCUAGAUUGUCUUUUUUGGCCCCAAUCCUAAUCUGAUUUUCUGAUUUUGGGUAUCAGCAAAUACAGAGUUUCAAUCUGAUAUUUGCAUAGACAAUAGGGAUGGGAACCGAGAACUGGUUCCAAAUGGUUCAAUCCAUCGACAUCGUUUACAUUUCGUCUUAACAAUUCCCUUAAUGAUUCCUUGGAAGGUACGUUUGUCCUGUGUUAACAUAAGCACAAUGCAUGGCAGACUUGGACUAACUGAGUUAGAAGCGCAUCAAAAACCCUCAACCUGACCCAAAAAAAACUCGAAAUUUUGUGUGCGACACUGCUUAGUAAUGCCCUCUUUUUGGGGAUCCAGAAUAUGGUCACCCUAAUUUGACUUAAUAACGACUGAAGCAAACACUGUACUUUUAGUUUGUUGUUCGAAUAUUUUUAGACUACUGUUAUCAGAGACACAAUACAAAUUGGAGUUAACCAAAGAAAUCAAAGAAAGGCAUUGAUAAGGGAAUCGUUAAAGAAUUGAAUCGAUAAGCAGAAUCGAUAAUGGCAUCGAUAUCGAUAAAAUCUUAUCAAUUCCCAUCCCUAAUAGACAAUAAAGCUGCACACCACAAAUUUACCAAAAGAUGUCUUAAAUGUAGAAGUGUGAGGCUUUGCAAUGAUGUGACGAAACUAGAGCUGUAAAAAGUUUGUUUUUACAACAACUGGAAGUCAAAUCUUGUUUUGAAUCUGGUUUCGCUGUGCCAUUCUGGUCAGGCAGUGUCAGAAAUGUGAGAUAAAUGUGAUAAACAACAACGUACUCUGUCCAAAAUGAUGAAUCCAACCACCUUCUAUUUAAUCACCUGUGGUACUUUGGCCUUUUUGCUCUCUUAUCAAUAUAUUUCCUUCUUUAUUUUAAAAGUCAGAGUUGCAUGAUUAGUUGUAGAGCGUUCUGGGUUCGAAUGUACACACUUAAUAAGAAACUAUAAACAAGCCAUCCAAGUCAAACUGAAGCUCUGGCUUAAUCUUUAUAACAGGACUUACCAAAAACCAACCUGAUUACAACCACAACUACUGCUUUUAUGGCAGCUUCUGGUAACAUAUGGUUCAACAGGUGAAAACAAACCAUAAAUGUCAGCGCUUUCGCUUCCUCCUUGCAUAACAAUUAUAUUACACCUUCCAGUUAAAAAUAUUUCCACAUUGUUGACAUUUUGGCUAUAAGUUUCCCCAGUUCAUAAUGCCACAAAUUAGUUCGUAUCAUCAACUAACCCCCAUGAUUGCUGCAAAUUGAUUUAUUGUCCAAGCUUUCACCUUUGUGGUACCUUAGUUUGACCAAACUAAAUUAAGUGUAUUGCAAACUCGACACAAGACAAAUAGUAGACAAUACAAACAUUAGUAUCAGUGUCACACAGAGGGUAUACUUAGUCAUAUCCCGCCUGGCAAAGGCAGAUCAGCUGUUUUAGUUUCGCACUUGGAUGUGUUAAUGGAAAUCAUUGGUCACCCAGUUGUUCUCAGGCCGCUCCCUGUCCCUCUGUCUCUGCCAGAUGAAGGCAAUGAUUGGAGCGCAGCCAAGACUUGAAAAACGUGAAGUGCAAGUCACCUCAGCCAGACCUGUUCUAUUUCUCUGCGCCUGUGUGACACACCUAAGGAUCUCUGUAAUGUGUGUUGAUCAUUAGGUGUCAUCCGACGGAACAAAGUAUCUCAAGUAUUCAUGAGGCUGCUGCUGAGGAAUCUCGGCUAUGUUGCCGAGGCGGGAAAGCAGCAAAUUAGUCUUGUUGUUUGGCUAUUAGGAUGCAUUAAGGCAGGAUGUCUGAAAGGUUGUGAAAGUCAGGAGUAGGAGACUGGUCUCUGAUUUCAUCAUAUGAAUAUGCCAGCUAAAGUGGUAUUGCAUGCUUGUAGUGUUUCCUUUUUUAAUUUUAACAAAAGUGUGACAAACCAACUUCAACAAACUUUGUAAAUUAUUAACAUUUGAAUGUGCACAGGCCAGUCCAAGCUGUUUUUACAUAGAUAGUGUUCGUGUAAGAUGGAUGUUUUUGUUUAAAUGUUUAGUGCGGUUACUAUUGAAAUGUAGUCAAAGUUGCUCUAGUGUUAUGUCGUGGGAAAGGUGGAAAUAAAACGAAAAGAAGGAGAGAAAGAUUAAAUGGUUUCGGAGGACAAUUACACUGAAUGUCACAGUUCCCAUUUUAAAAAACCACAUCCAUCGUGUCUUCCUGACAAACACAUGAAAAUUACUGAUGUGCCCUCAUGAUAAGUGAGUUCCUGUUUACAGAUCCUGCAAGCUGCACUUUCUUUCCAUUGCAGGAUUAACAGUAAAAUGCUCCUCAGCCCAGUUCAAAAGCUGCGUUUUGUUUGCCUGUCUUUUCCUGGUUUGCAUACCUCACUCUCAGCAGAGAUAUUAAGGAUGCGAGAUGGCUUGUCCCUCCCCAACUCGGUUCCAGAUAAGAUAUGUCUGCUCAGCAUAAAAACCUUGUGCAGUGAUGUUACCAACAAAUAAUCCACUCUUUAAUUUGUCUGCAACUUUUUGGUGUAUUGAUUUCUUUCAGCUACUUGUUGCACCUCCAUCCCCCCCAAAAAACGACACCUAUAUGGAGUGAAAUUAGUAAAGCUGAGCCUAUAUCUCUAUUAUUGAUUAGUUAAUGAGCCAAGACAAAGGAUUAAAAAGUUCUCCAAGACACUUGGUGCUGACUCAAGGUGCACACUUUAAAAUACAAAGGCGUCAGCACUUACUAUCAAAUUCAAACUCUAAUAGUACAGAUUUACAGCAGCUGAACAGCUCAAGCUUGGCUGCCUUUUUAAUAACAGUUAACCAGCCAAAAAAUAAAAUCUACAACUUCAAUGGUAAGAUCCAUAAUAAGCGACACAUUUACUGUUAUAUCCUUAACAAAUGGCAGAAUUUUGCUUUCUGUUUCUCUGUUGUUGUAUUAAAGCCCGACCGAUAUAGAUUUUUGGGGGCCGAUGCCGAAACUGAUUAUUAAGGGGGGGAUCUGAUUACCAAAUAAUGGGCUGAUUUUCUCAAAAUUUUUAUGAAGUUAUAAAAAAUAUAAUUAUAUAUACUGUAGAUAUCUACAGUUUACUAUAUACUAUAUAUAUACUGCAGGUUACUGCUUUUCAUGCCGACAGAAAGACUGACUGAUCAAACUCGACCAGAAAGCAGAUGGCUUACUCUAACUUUAGCUUGCAUAUUAUGUGGUGCUUCACCGUUAACUCGGCUGCGCCAUCUACUGGAUAAGUUGAGGGAUCUUUUCAAAUGGAGGAAAAUUUUCGAGGUGAAACCAAAUCUUAUUCUCCUCAUUUUAUUUCUGAAAAUAUCGGCAAAAAUCUGUGUGUUUUGGCUGAUUACCGAUAAGUCUCAAACGGGCUAAAAUUGGCCGAUUUAAUUUGCUCCCUGAUAAAUCGGUCGGGCCAUAGUUAUAACCUAAACAAAUGUCAGAAUUUUUACUUUCUGUUUCUCUGUUGUUGUGUUAAUUUAAAUAGUGUUGAGUUUUAGGCCAUAGUCAGAGAUAACGAGAUAUUUAACGAACAGCUCACUGCUCCAUAAAGGUAAUUGGGAGUUUAAAUGUUUGAUUCAAGUCAUUUAUUGUUCAAAUCAACAGCAGUUAAAUAAGCGCUAGAAUUAAAAUGUCUGUAGCCCUUGGUUACAUGCUUCCCAGUCCUCACCAUGAGACAGAAAGCCCAAGAGUCUGCAGGUUUGUGUGCCAUCCAAACAAUAGAGCAGCUCAUCUCAUUGAUUGGCACAGUUUCCGUGUCUCCUAAUGGUGAUCAUUAAAACAGCCAGUUUAGAAACUUUCCCAUCCUUUUAAAAGUGUAAAACACCCAAUGAAACUUGGCCGUCUUUGUGGCCUCGCUCUGCGGUAGUGUUUCAGCUCAUCUAUUUUCAGUUUAGUGUCGUUUUUCAGUUCAUUCUGUCUCAUUUGCAUGUCUGUGGUCAGUCAGCGCCAGCAGCAGCAGACUGGUGUCAGCCUGUAGCAGUCUCAGCCUGUCACUGGCUCGUCUUCAUCUUCUCAUUCAGGCUGAUGGUCAAUUAGAAGGAGCUGCAUAUAUGUACACUGAGAGCACAUGACAGGGGACUGACAGAGAGGCUGAUACUGUCCAGGGUCAUAGAGGGACCGUAAAUGAACAGAUGUAAGGUGGUAGGGCUGCAACAACAACAGUUAUUGAUUAUCUUGGCAAAACACAGAGUGGCUUAUUAUAAUUGAAUCAAAGUUCCUUAUUCUGUUUGGAUUAAGACAUGAAUUAAUCAACGUUUGUCUUUAGUGCUGUAGCAUUGUUGGAGCCCCCGUUUUAAAACAUUCAUCACACUGUUGAGGGAUAAAGGAAACAGUUAAGGGUUUAUGGACUGCUAUGUACUGUUUUAUGUUGUGCUUUAAUCCUCUCUUAUGUGCUAGCCUCAUAAAUGCAAAUCUUUCUGACCCUAUAGUUUUUUUUUACACCAUCAGCUGUUCAAUCCUAAUGAAUACUAUAGUAGGUGUGAAUUAAAGACACUCAUGCUUGAAGGUUUGAAAAUGUAAAAAUCGCCUCGCAGCUUUCUGUCAUUGCUCUGCAUUGCUUCUUAUAGCAAGUCAUCAAGUAGGGACAUUAGUGAUUUAUCAUUUGAACGUUGGUAUUGGCCAGUUUGCCUUGCUUGAAAUACACUUUUUUUACUUGGGGCUUUACCUCAAAAAGAUAAGAGUGCCAGCAAAGUGUAGGAGCAACUGAUGAAAAUUAAGGAGCACUACAAAUACAAAAAAAAACUGUAAAGAAUAGAGUAUAAGUUUCUACCUCUGACCUACAUGCUUUACAGUAAAGGCAGCGGAUUGUGCCAUUUCCACAGUAGAGAUGUUCAAGGUCUUUCAGCCACUCUCUUCUUAGCCGCUGGUUCAUCUACAUCCACCACAAAGCCAUUGCCAACCUCAGGAGUUAUAUUUUCCAUAAAGUUAGGCGGCCUUCAAAAGAAAUCCCUCAGUGUUUUUCAAUCAUCCUCUCUUUUCAGCUACUCUGAGUGCAUGCUGCUUCUCUCUUUGACAAUGAGGCACAGUGAAACGGAGUGAGUGAAGACACAUAUUAACUCAUUUAUAAUCAGCUUUGAAAAGUACAAUUUAAUAAUAAUAAUAAUAAUAAUAAUAGAUUUUAUCUGUAACGCACUUAACAUUUGAAAACAAAUCUCAAAGUGCACAACGAAAACAGAAAAAAAAGACAACAAUAACAGUAAAAAGACAACAAUAACAGUAAAAAGACAACAAUAACAGUUAAAUCCAGCAACAGGGAAAAACAAUAAAAACAGUCAGCAGAUAAAAUCAGAUAAAAUUAGUCCGGGUAGACUUUCCGAAAGAGGAAGGUUUUGAGUCAAUUUAGGGCUGGGUGAUAAAAUGAUAAUGAUAUAUCUUGAAAAUGAAUUUCCCUCAAUAUCAAUAUAAACAUGGUCAAUAUGCUUUUCAAUAGUCGGCAUUCUGCCAUGUUUAGGUGGACUCUAUGAAUAGCCAAUGAAAAUGAAAGUUGUUGUGGGUCUGCUUUGUGCAACGCCGUACGACAAAACGUUGAAGAGACACAAAGACUUCACAGAUGCUGUAGCUUAUUGUAAGCACUGUUAAAUUUCAGUUUUUGUAUUGUGAUAUAUAUUGAUAUGGACUAAUAUGAAAAAAAUAUAUCAUGAUGAACUUUUACCCAUAUCACCCAGCCCUAGUACAGUGUCUGAUUGGUGAUAUCAGCAUUGGAUCGGACAGAUCAAUAGUUGAUAAGUUAUUUGUACUCUUUGUAUCUUAUCCCGUCUUUUCUUUGUCUUUGUUACAUCAGUGAAAUGUUGGCAAGCUAGUUUACAAAAAUGCUAAUUCAAAGAGGAGGGUUUUUAUUGGAUUGAGGAAGUCGCUUCAAAGGACGACCUUUGAUUUGCUUUCGUGGUCAAAUGUGAAAGGAAAUAUCACCAGUAAUAAAUCAUCUAUGAGAAAGAUCAGCCUCAUAGAGUUUGUAAGCCCUGGUCCACUAAUGCAUUGAGAGGAGUGACUGUUUACUUGCAUCAAAUUUCAAAGCUUAUUUGACAAGAAGAGUUGAAGAGUUACAUAACAAAACUCAUCUGUAUCAGCUGUAAUUUUCACAGCCAGUGUAUCUUUAAUAUCAAGUAAAUAUAAAACUGUUGCGGUUUCAUAGAGACAGUUCAGUUUAUAGGAGAAAGUACCUUAACAACCUUGAUCCAGAUGUCAGCACUGGAUCGCUCUACUAUAUACAUGGUAUACUUUUUACGAUGUCCUGUUCUUUGAAAACAAAGCAUCUUCUGUGUUUGCUGAAGAGUUGGUCAGGUUUUUAAGCAAAUAUUUGUCUAGGCAGAAGAAUGUGUUGGUGUGUGCUGAGGACAGCAAUGCUCUGACACUAAUCUCUGUUUUCUUUUUCUUUUUUUCAUCACAAGUAAGGAUGUCUUAGAUACUUCAUACAAAAUCUGACUUUCUGUUCAGAUUAUGUCUGGAAACACAGUGAAAGUCAUCCCUCAUUUAGACUGGUGACAUUCUUCUUUUCAGCGGCAGUGUUUUUUUUACCAUGCUGUGGAAGUAAAACUGACUGUUUUGCACACUCACCAACAUCUAAAAACACAAGGCUUCUUAUGUGCCAGAUCUACUUUAGGAUUCCUGUGCAAGGCAUGUUGUUUGGCAGGAAACUGGGAUUACUCUGGCUCGACGGAGCAGUUCAAUUAUUUUAGUCUUUUGAGGGGAGUUGCUCCUGCUUUUCAAAGACCCUGCCAUCUGCAUCAAGGCUUCAAGGCUGGGCUUUGUUCAAAAUAUGGGAAGCGUUCCUUGUCCUGCUUUUUACUUUUGCUUUAAAAGCCCUUCAAGCGCUGAACCACAAAGUCACACAACCCUCAACCACCCAUCCGCUCUUCGCCCGUGACGGUAGCUGACGGGUUUAAGUUUCACCGAUUCUUAGCUGCUGUUAACACACACACAGAGACGUGUCUGUUGUCGCUUUGCACACCCUGUUUGUACAACACAUGUGUUAGCAUACACACGUCUCGUUUGUCUAAAUGAGCGACCUUGUCUCAGGCUCCGCUGACGUGCGUGUUUGGCUGGUGCUGUUGUGCUGCACGGAGCGAGACUCCCUCCUGUUUUGCACUACAGGUGGGCCGUGUUGCCUGGAGACAACAGCAUCCUGCAGUCUAUGUCUCAUUCACCCUGACCUUAGCGGGGGUGGAGUGGGACGAUGCAGGUGUUUUCGCGUGAAUCGGGUGUGUCCGUGUGGCUGUUUUUGGUUAACUCAGCUCCUGUGUUUCUAUAUUUUGUUUUUAGCCGCACGUGUCUGUGCAUAGAUUGGAUUCUGGAUAUCCAAGAGCGUGCACAGAGGCUGUACAAGGUGUUUCAGGGGGCACACCCAUGCAUGGCACGGUUGACAGGCAGAUGGAUGGUCCUGGGUGCUCAUGGAAGCCCAGAGAGGCACUCAGGCCCUUCUCACUGCUUGAGCGCUCACCAGUGACGAAUGGCCUCAUGCUGAGCAGAUGGAGCUGCAGAGCCUCCACUCACAGCAGUUCAGACGCCAGGAGCAUAGGCCAGCACUCCUCGCCUCCCGAUCCUCCCCCCUCCUCCCACUUUAAUUUAGCUGUACUGUAGGACGGUGCAGAGCAGAGGAAUGCCAGGUCUUUGUGGAAUGCCACUUCCUCCCAGCCUCUCACCAGUGACGAGCUCCCGGUCUCUCGCUGCAGAAUCUUUCUGCCUUAAUCACCCCGAGGAAUCCGAACAGCUCGCUUUUCUUUGUCUCGUUUGUUUGAAUAGAAUUUAAGAUUCCUCUCCUAUGAAUGUAAAGUCAUUCUUAAAGAUGCUUUAAAAACAGAGGAUUGCCUCACGCGCUUUUCCAGAUCAAAGGGAGCGGGGAAAUAAUGAUCAAAUCAGCUUUGUUGGUUGAUGUGCAAUAAUCACUUUCACUUCACUUUAGUUCAGUCAUUUGAAGAGCUGUAGGUAAAAUCAUUUUGUCUUUCGGUCCUUUUAGUUUUUCCCAGUUUGUGUUUUAUAUUCUGCUCCUGCAAAGAAGUUACAGGAAACCAAAAAUACAGGAUCCGGUUUUGGCUGAUUCAGAUUUCAUUUCUUAAAAGAGCUACAAUCGCCGCCAAAAACUAGCAUUUUUGUAACGUAAAUAGAAUGAUUAUAUAUAUACCCUUUAUUUACUGUGUUCUUAAGUGUCUUUAUGUCAUAACUUAUUGUAGCUUGUGUGUGUUCAGUUGUAGUUCAGCACAGGGUCAUAUAGACUCAGGAGGUUGAGCAGUUUAAGCACACAUCUGAUGUAUCGUGGCUGCAGUUCUUCUUAGAGUGAUCACGGAUUAGACACUUAGUUGAGACUCUUUGCUGCAUGUCAUCGCUUACUUUCUACUCCCCAUAUUUUCUGUCAAACCAGGGCAAAAACUUGAGAGGACAGGCCUGUCACUAGGGGUGUCCCAACACAACUUUUUUACCUUGGAUACUGAUAUUGGAGCCUUCAGUACUGGCCGAUACCAAUACCGGUAUUUGCACAAACUUGUGCAUGACAAGUUUUGCACUCAGUUGCGAUGUCUUUUUCGGACUUUAACGAAAAAUACGCCGCACAGCCGACAUCACUCGGUAUUCCUUGCUACUUUGUGCGUACCUUAGUACACUGUUGUUGUGAUCACAUGGGCUCUACAUGCAGGAUCCGGGUGCUGGAGCGAAGUUUGAAAUGGACUUUUUGUAUUGGAGUGCCGAUAUCGAAGAUUUUAGACGCAGGCUGAUAUAAUCCGAUAUUCAUUUUUUUGCUGAUAACCCAUUGGUUAUCCUGACUGUGAUAUCAUUAGUUUUGUUGGGACACAGUAAUAGAGUGUGCCUUUACAUCAUGACAAACAAAAGUUAAUUAAUGUCCCUGCAAGUACAGAGUUUACUGAGGUUAUGAUAUUUUAAUAAAUCCGUUGAUGAUCCAAUAUUCAAAAACAGUCAAUUUAAAAUGAUAAAGUCGUAUACAACUAUGAACAGGCCAGGGUAAUAAGGGCAAAUUAAAACACCUUUUGUUGUCUGAAAAUUCAGGGAUUAGUUCUCAGGUAAUCUCUUAAUGCUUGUUAUUUUCACCUUUUGAUAGAAUAAAAACAAUGCACCAUCACGUUUCCCAAGAAUAAACAAGAAUCACAUUGUAUAAGAUAAAUAGCAGCAACAAAUCUUUGCUUAUCAUAUCAAAAUCUACAGAAAGUCUGCUCUGUGUUUUUUAACAGUAACAGCAGAAAUAUAGACCCACAGAUCCUGGGUGUUUAUUAUCCUGGGUGUUUGAAGUAAAGUUUUUAAUUGGCUUAUAUACAGUUUGAGCUCUUUACAACAUUUAAAAUCUGAACUGGGAAAAAAAAAAAAAAAAAGAACGAGGUGAAAGUUUUCUGUCUUCCCGCCUCUAAUUUAUUUUUAUCACUUUCAAGACUCGGCUGUUUUUCUGGCGUUGCUGCAGCCAUUAGCUGAGCGCGUAUCUGUGUCACAGAGGAUAUUGUGUGAGGCCACUGAGACGUGGCUAAACUUUAACUACAGUGUAGACUCACAGUGUUUAAUGAACACCCACGGCUCAGGUCUUGUUGCAUGUGACAGAGUUAAAGUCACCUGCUGGGCAGUAAUAACGCUGCCUGGAUCAUCUGAAGUCACUCUGUGGGAACCUUUAGUUUCACAUUUGUGCGGCUGUUUAUGCUCUGUUUAUCUUUCAUGUUAUCAGGGCUUUAAGAGGAAGUAGAGCUGCUACACUGGUCCUGGAUCAGGCUGUAGGAGUGUACCUAUCAGUCUCUUCCUCCCCCCUCCUCACAGGCAAUGAUUAACACCAGCAGGAUGGAGGAAGAGGGUGAGAAAAUACAAGGAGGAGGUGGCGGAGGAGGAAUCAGUCUGCGCCUUACGUCAGUUUAUUCUUAAUCAGAAAGCCUCAUUCAUUCUCGAUGUGUGAUAUUCAGUGGAGACAGUGAAGGACUCGCAGUGUGGAGACAAUAGAGUACUAUCAUGAGCUUUACUCCUAAAAUACACAACAAUAAAUAUCCUCUAUAAAUCCCAGUCUGGAGCUGUUUGUGUGUGUUCAGUCCUGACCCUGCGGUGACUUUACGCUCUUUUCUGUCCAUGCUCUUGUACGGGAGAUGUCCUUGAAAGUGUGUGCUGUUUACUUCAUGUGUCUGGAUUUUAUCAUCCCGCUGUAAAGCUCUGGAAUCGAUAAAAAAAACUGCGCCCAUCUUGACGACCACAGUAAAGAGGGUGAUUUUCUUGUCCUUGCUGCUGGGACAUAUUUUACACAUUAUCCCCUCUUUACUCUCCUUUUUACUCCCCAUCUUUACUGUGCUUAUCCUCUAGUCUGGUCCAUUCUGUCUCCAGUGACCCCCACACACAAACUCAGACCCCUGACGCCUGCAGACCAAUAAAAGCUCAUGUGUGCACCAUCUCCAUCCCCCCAUGGUUGGGUUGUAAAACACAGCACAGACUGGCCAAAGAGCCUAGAGCAGGUGACAUCAAUCCUUUACGCCACCAUCAGGCGAUGAGGGACAGAUGAUCCCAUCUUCAAGGGGAGAUGCUCUCGGUCACCCACCACUUGGCUCCUUAUCCCGGGUCUCACCGCAGUGUUUGUGCGAGCUGAGGGGCUUGUAGAGAGUGAUGGAGUUGUUGAUUAAGAGCAGUAAGCCGAGUGUUGAAGGUUUUUUUUUUUUCCCCCCUUCUCUCCAGGAAUUGAUGGAGUGCAGUGGUGGACAGUGAUCCUUAACCACAGCGGUCACAACACAACUACAGCCCCACUGCCUGUGAUUCAUUCUGCUCCACUGUGUUUCUCACUCUCCUCGGCUACUUUGCAGUCUUUCUCGCUCGUUUUUUUUUUUGCUCUCUUUUUCUUUCUCACACCCACAAUCAUGCUGUACAGAUGAAUACACACACUAAUGUGACAGACUGAGAGACUGUGACUCAAACUGUGUCGUUGGGACGCUCUCUUACCCCUUUUUUCCCUCAAUCAAAGGUGGUUUUGAAUUUUUCCAUUUUGGUGCAUCAGACAGUGAAGGGUAAUGUCUUGACUUGGUGUCAAAGAGGAAACAAUUACUGCUAAAACAAUGAGUGGAUUAAUCAACUCAGUGAUUAAUCCACUCCACAUAAUAUCCUCUGAUUCAGGAUUUGGUGUGUUUUCUGCAGCUCAGGUUUUAUAUUCUAAUACAUCAGUGAAUAAGGAAAACUAAUCUGCAUAUUUUGCUUUUCUUGGACUAAUAGAUUAUGAAAAUGUCAUCAGUGCAGCUCUAUUAGCAAUAUCCAAUCAGUAUUAUUGCAUCGACAUUGAUUUUUUUUUUUGAUAUGACAAAAAAUACACCAACAUUUUUUAGUAACAUGUAUUUGCCAUGAAGUCAACAAAAUGAUUAAUCAUUGUUACCCUUGCUAGUUAGCACCAGGUUGGUUAAAAAGUAUGAAUACUUCUGUGAUCACAGGCCUGAAAUACCAGUCGUAUGUUGUGUCUAGGCUGCCACCUGCCCGUAGCUUUGGUUAAUGUCUAUUGUCACAGGGCAAUACAGCUCUACUACCUCCAUGCAAACAAGCAAAGAUGAUCUAUAGGAUCAUAGAGCAUGGCACAUUUUGACAGUGAUUUAAUUAAGAGAUGAAGAUAAAGUUUUUGAAAGAUAAAUAUUGUAUGUUUUUUUUUUUUUUUUAAAGACAUCCUGUUUUUUUCCUACACUUUUUACCUUAACAGCAAUGUGUUCAAUUAGAGUUUUUAGUAUAAAAAAGUAUGGACGUAAUUUGAUCAGUUUCCAGGUCUAAAGAAUUAUGGUAAAUGAAAAAUCUAAUAUGGAAAAAUGUUGAUGUUAACAGACUAUAUUACCAUAGUGAGAAAUAAAAUAUUGUUUUCUAAAAAAGAAAAGUUGGUAUUUCCAAAAAUAAUUCUAAAGAGUAGGGUUUGGAAAAGUAUGGAGACUCCAACUGUGUAGGAACCCUGUGAAUGCUAAUUUUAUUGUGUUUGCUCAAUAUAACUUCCUCUCUCUCAAGCUUCUACCACGCAGCUUUAGAUACUUGCAGAUACUGGAUAUCCAAUGUAUUUGUUAUAAUGUGCAAAUUUUAUUCUUCAUAUUACAUGUUCGGUUGUUGUUCAGCUGUUCAGUUAAUGUCCUGUUGCUUCUGUUACACUCUGAAGUAGGACUGGGUGAUUAUAUGAUCAUGAUCGAUGAUCGUGAUUAAUUUCAGUUUGAUCACAGUGAUCAGCUCUGAGCAUAUUUACUCGAUCAAACAUAGCGGAAAUGGGCGUCACAACAGCCAAUCAUAGUCGAGCUUUUCCUGCUCACUUUUGUAAGUUGCUGGAGAAGUAAACUGCUAAAGCACUCCACUGCAUUAUUUAGUAUUUAUCUACAUUUGUUGAACUGUUGAGUAAAAAUGUUUUUUAUUUUUCUAAGUUUAUCUUAUUCAGUUUGCUUUGUUAUUUACUUUGUAUGUGUAUAAAAUGUUGUGCUAAUCUCUAGUUUCUUUAGUAUUUUUUAUACAGAUGCUUUAAAACUAGCAGUUAAAAAAAAAAAGGAGACCGGACGAUAUGACAAAACAUAUUGUGAUCAUUUUUUUUUGCCAAAUCCAGGCUUACUGUGAAGUCCAAGCAAAAUUCCUAAGUGUCAUCAAAUUUCAUUUAAAAUCAUCCAAAACUGGGCGUGUGACUCAGUAAGUUCACUUAGAUUCAGUGUAAACACAACUGCUCAAUUAACAAGAUGUUUGAUAUGUUUGUCUUCUCUGUAGGGACAUCAUGAUUACUCAUUUUGAGCCGUCCAUCUCAUACGAGUGUCUGUACGGAGAGGUGAGGGACAUGUGCUCCAUGGACAACGACCAGCUUUUCACCAUGAAGUGGAUCGACGAGGAAGGUACAUCACCCUCAGCACGCUUCAGUGUUUUCAUCUGACAGAGACCCAAAACCUAAUCUCACUGGAACAAUCCUGCCACAGUGAUGAGCGACUUCAUCAAAAAGAACGAACAAAUGUGCAAAUAUAAACACACACUGCUUUCUUGGUUGGCUGUAAGACUGUAAGAUUUGAGCCCCCCGACUCGAUUCCUUGUAGUCAGGCAGUUAUUCAAGCAGCAGUAACAGUGUCAUAGGAAAGAUGGAGCUGUCACAUUGCUCUGCUCAGGAUAAGGUCAGCCUGCCCAAACUCAUUAGCCUCAGAUCAGCUCCCACUGGUGGCCACACACAGACAAUCAGCGGAGUCAUUAGGCUGUCUGAGAAAGAAAAGCUGCUUGAUGGUCAUAAUGAAGUGCUCUGUUUGGUGUGUGCCGUCUCACCUACUGCCCCAUCCAUGGAAACCAUGCACAUUCAGCUCUGCUAUCUGAACUCCAGUCAUUAUCAGGAUAAUUGGAACAUGUAUCUUAAUUGAUCCAUAUUUUGUAACCCUCGUGUUUAAGUGCCACACUUCAUUAACUGUGAAUCAAACACUUAAAAAGUAACUCUUUCUACAAGAGAAAGACUGUAAAAUGAAAAAGGGUAAGGAUACAAACAACAGCUUUUUUAGAUUUUAGAUAGAAGAGAGCACUGAAAUUAUUAAAUUGGUAAGAAAUUCAACUUAAGGCAUGAAUUAUCCAGUAUUCAGAGUCAAGCAUGCCGCAAAUAGAACAAAUGUAUCCAAUCUAAUCUAAUCCACUUUAUUUAUAUAUCACAUUAAAAAAAACAAUUCAGUUUAGCAAAGUGCUGCACAGUGUGAUAAAGUAAGUUAAAAACACACAGAAACAUGAAAUGUUAAAAUAAAAGAAUCACAAUGAAAAUCACAUAAAAACACGAUAAGAGCAAAAAUGAAAAACAACUCACAUGCUUGGUUAAAAGCCAUGGAGUAAAAAUGUAGCUGUUUAUAAUUGAAAGACUAUCUCCAGCAAUGAUGCAUAAAACAGAAAAUUUACAAUAAGAAAACCCCCUUAUAAAAUAAAAUAAAAUAUCAAAGAAAGCACCAUUGCUGUAUUGGUGUUGUUUGAGUAUUUCUAUUAUUAGUGCUAGAAUUUUGAUUUUUCAAAAUGAACUCUAACCCCGCUUUUAGUUCCCGGUUAUAUGUUCUCCAUAACAUAAACGUAGGUGAAUGCUCUCACUUCCUGACAACUGAACCAUCAGGUAAAUAUAUACCAGACAUUACGGAUGGCAGCAUGUUACCUGUGACGGGAAUACUGUCGCAGUCCACCCACGUAUAAACCUGUUAUCAAGUUCUGUUGUCUGAGAUCUAAACUAUGUGUCAUAGUUUCUCUCCACCAGCUAUUAAUAUCGCAGCGGCUUGUAGUUGUUAUUAGUUAGUUUAGUUAGAGGAAUGGAAAUAGAGUCGAUGACCUCAAUGUUGCCGCAUACGCAGUUUGUGAUACAGAAAUAAUAGAUCUGCAUCAGAGUGGUGUUUUAACGACCGACUUGAUUGCUGAGAGAAAAUGUUGUAAAAUCAAGAGUACUAAUUCACUCCUCUGUGUUUUUCCGAGCACCCACGCCUUGUUUUCAAUAUCAAAGUUCAUGUUUUGCAAUUAAUAUCAUGCCAACCAUAUCAUUUAAAUGUUCUGCGAAUUAGAAAGAGACCCGGUCGUUGUUGAUUUCCAGUGAUAAACUGAGCUCUUAAAUGUCAUGCAAAUAAGUAACAUGGUAACAUUCAUCAGACUUUUAAAGAUCAUGUUGUGAAGGAAAACUUGAUUAUGGAAGAAAAGAGAACAAGAGCAAUCAAAUUAAAAAGACAGAGGAAAUGAAACUGCAUAAAGAGUACAAAGGGACCUGGAUUAUUAUCGCUGAUCUUACAAAAACAUUUUAAAAAAUCCCAAAGAAAGGUAAUUUUUUUUUACUGUACCUCUGGUUUCAAAUGAUGCCCACUCUCAACAUUUUACAUCAGUUUACUUCCGGGAGACAAGCUGACAGUUUUUAAUAUGUUUUCCUUGUUAUGAAUGUGUUUUUGUAUGUUUUAUGAUUUUAAAUCUUCAUUAAGUUAGAAGCUCAGUCUAUCACAUAUUCUGCUAUUUUGGCUUUGAGUAAAACAUGACAUGCCUGCUGCCACAGUCGUCUCUGAUUCAUCGUCUGUCGGUCAACUAAUUGUGGCUUCUCAGCCGAACCAAAUGAGAGCUUCACUCUACUUGGCUGAAAAGUUGAAAAUAUGCUGCAUUUUUGUCCAAAUAGUUCCCAACAUAAGAGAGAAAACUAUUUUCCUCUCUCUGCUAAAAUUAAUACACUCUCAUUUUAAACCCUGGAAGAGGAAUACAUCAAAUAAAAGGCAAAGUAGGUUUUUACUGACUUCUGAUUUCCCCAAUUUCACUCAGAUGCCUGCUCUUACGUGUGUGUUUUAUUUUCUGUUUGUGUAUGUGUGUUUGUAUUUAAUAUGGUAUCUAACUCCGCGUUUGAUCUCUGAUGUUAGGUGACCCCUGCACUGUGUCGUCUCAGCUGGAGCUGGAAGAAGCUCUGCGCCUCUACGAGCUCAACAAAGACUCAGAGCUCAUUAUCCAUGGUGGGUCUCACUGCUGCUCAUACUAACAAUAUUUAUUAAAUUACUUCUGGAGUUUUAAAAAGUAUCUCACAAGUUUUACCGGCGUGGUUAGCAGCAGUCCUCUGUUUUCACACCUGGUUUGACUGUCAGUUUAUUCAUACUGAUGCCUAAAAACCAUCAGAGAGAAGACUAUAUGUUAUUUCAAUGUCUGUAUCUGCUGCUACAGAAUGGAUUUCAGCUGAAACUAUUGACAGACCCUGAAGAAGCAGCCAAUAUUUACAUUUUACGAAGCUAAUAUUCAAAACAAGUGACACAUAAAACACUACCUUUACAUCCACACGGUGUACAGUGAACCUCUUUGGAAACAGGCAACAACAAAACUGACACAAACUAAAAGUUCCUCUCAGAAGCCUUAUGAAACCACAGGUCUAUGCAGGAUGUUAUCCUGGAAUUUUUUUCCAUAAUCCAAACGUAAAUAUUGGUUGUUCCAUUCCUGCCAGGAUAAGUAAGUCAUAUCUAAUACUUUCAUUAGAAGUAAACAUAGGUUAUUAAGGGUGGGAGAAAAAAUCGUCUCAUUUACCAAGAAUCGAUUGUUCAGAUUAAUUGCUAAUAUGAAGUCAAAUCUAUGAUAAUGGGAAAAUAAAAUCAACUGUUUGUCCACUGAGGUUGGCAGAGGUGACAACAUAGUGCAGAAGAAAGUUGGUACAACAAAUAUAUUCUGUAUUUUUCGCACUAUAAGGCGCACCUGGUUAUAAGGCGCACCAUCAAUGAACGCAUCUAUUCACAUCUAUUUUCAUACAUAAGGCGCACCAGAUCAUAAGGCGCACCAGAUUAUAAAGCGCAUCAAGCCAAACCAAACAGUCAGAUAAGUCAAACUUUAUUUAACUCAUUCAAUAACUCUGCGAGGCUGCGGCAGCUGCAGUGCUCCGACAAUCCAAAAGGAUUUUAAGUGCACCUUAAAAAUACGGUAAAAGGUUUGCAAGACGUGCUACAUGAAAAUAAAAUAUUGUGUAAAUCGGUGUUGACGAAGACGUGACGUUAACGAGCUAAACGUAAGUCUUAGAUGACUAAAAUGUGAUGAGACGACUGUGCGUUUACGAGACGAGACCGGAUGAAAACGUUAGUGGUGGACGACGAACAGAGAUGCAAAAUUCAUGAGCAUUUCGUCAGUCAAAUGCUAAACAACACUGGUGUAAAUAAGACAAACAUAAGGCAAAGAAAAAUGCUAAAUUAGCUUAACAGCUGAAAAAUUCUAUAAAUCGCAAUGUAUUGUAAUACCCAAUGUGUUGCUAAAUAUUUAAAAUUGCAAUAAUAUCAUAUCGUGGCCCAAGUGUCGUGAUAAUAUUGUAUCAUGGGGCCACUAGUGAUUCCCACCCCUACGUUAUAGUGCUUCUUUUUAUUUCUGCAGUCAAUGGAAACAGUUGGCGACAUAUUGUACAUAAAAACAAUUAUCAAACACAAAGCUAAUGCAUCACUGACCCGUAAACACAACUUUAUACCUGCUGUUUAUGUCUGCCUAUAAUCCUCUGAGCUGGUUCACACCCUCAUCUGAGCAUUCUUGGAAAAUAGUUUUACAAGUAUAUGAAUUCAGGGGUCAGGGCUACCUCAGAGGCAGGGCGGGAGGUGAGGGGCGGGAAGGUGUGCAUGCGGAGUGAAAUAGAACAUUUGAUUGACAGGUUCUGUGUGUAUAAGCAUGUAACCUGAGGGUAGGGGACACGGGGGUGUGUGUGGUUAAUGUGAAGUUUUAAUCAAAUCAGAGGUGAGGGUUCAAGAAUACAGUUGAUGCCAGCAUGACGGAGGGAGAUAAAGAGAGGAGGUAGAUGGGGGAGGGGAUGGAAGGGAGGAUGUGACGGUGUUGCUAAGGGGGUCGCCAGGUCUGCUCGUUAACGAGCUUGUCGGCUGGAGCCCACGCCUGGCCUCUGACUCACACUGCCCCCAGUCUAACUCGAUUCAUCUUUGUCUCUGAAUCUCUCUCGCACAUGCAAAAAAAAAAAAAAAAAUCUUUGUCUGCUUCUUCAGGGUUGUGUCUUUUCAAACUUUACCGUAUGUUACACACACUCACACACACUUUAUACGUCAUAGAAACAACCAGAGCGAAUUUCACGUGCAGCUCGGGGCGACACAUCUGCUGCAGGUAGCUGGAGCUGCUGUUGUAAUAGGAGAGAGUCACUGAUGUCUGUUUUCCAUCCUUGAGAUAUAACUAAACUUCAAAUGUUCCUUUUUUCGUUGUUUUCCAGUUUUCCCGUGUGUACCAGAGAAACCUGGCAUGCCCUGUCCGGGAGAAGACAGUGAGUCAGACCUCUUUAGUUUUAUCUAAAUUGCUUGUGGAAGAUGAAUGAGUUCAGUAUUACGUCAAGGUAUUUAAACUUGCUAUGAGGAGAUUUCAGCCGGUUAUGAAACAGAUGACUCUAUAUGAGCUAAGACCAACCAUAUCUUUAGAGGUACUUUUUUGACGUGUGUAAAAGUUAAAAAGUUAGACAUGUAAACAAAUCAGUAUGUUAAUGAGGAAAUAUCUUCCUAAUAUGGAAGAAAAUGAUUGUUUGGAUCUGUAUCUGACGUUUCCAUAGAAAUCAAAGUGGUCAAAGUCAUCGUAUCAUGCAAAUAGGCACACAGGCUGAACAGGACUCAGCUUUCCUUUUCCUCCUUUUACAGAGUCUAUAUACCGGCGUGGAGCCCGGCGCUGGAGGAAACUUUACUAUGCCAGUGGUCACGCCUUUCAGGCCAAACGCUUUAACAGGGUGAGACAAAACGCUGAGUUCAAUAAAACAUUUUCUAGGCUGAUUCUUAUGUGAAGCACUCUUCAAGCUGAUGUAUAGAAAAAGAGUAGAAGUCCGCUUCGGUUUCUGUACAUGUGUUUUAAGGAGAAUGAGACAUUCACUGCCCUUCAGUAAUUUGUCUUUGUAUUGAUUGAUGGAGUGAGAGGGAUGGAGGUGACGCAGAACAAUGGCUCAGGCAGAAUCUGAUCUUCAGCCAGCAGGGCUACAUGCUCGAUAAGCCAUCACAGUCUCUGCAGCAUCUCCUGGAGUGUAAUGUAUCCUCUGUUUGUGAUGAUGACUUUCCAGAGAGCCCACUGUGCCAUCUGUGCAGACCGAAUCUGGGGUCUGGGAAGACAAGGCUACAAAUGCAUCAACUGCAAACUGCUAGUGCACAAGAAGUGCCAUAAACUUGUCACGAUGGAGUGUGGCCGACCGAUGAUUCAGGUGAGAGGUGUGACGAUAAACUCCACGGCAUGAAGUGGACCAUUAGCAGCCAUGAGUCACACACUUAUAAACAACGGUCUGUGUCUGCUGUUGAUCCUAUUUAAUGACUGAUGUUGUUGUCUAGGAACCAAUGAUGCCUGGUCCACCUUCGAGUCCACUAGACCAAACUGAACAGCCAGGUAACACACACUAACACCGUUGUACUCACAUAUUUAAAGGUGUUCAUGGCUAAUGGAUUUCAAAACACGAGUAGCUGCAGGAUUGACUCCUGCAUGAUGUGGCAUAUGCUGUCCCAUCUCUGCGUUUCCUGUCCCAUAAAAGAAAGGCAUCUUAUCUUUUUAUAUGGAAUCUUAUAGGGAUAUUCUGGCGUAAAGUUAAUUUAGGGUCAAACACACUGUAACACCGAGCUAGACACCCCAUCGAGAGAUGAAUGUUGCAGACCAAUGCUUCUCUAGUUUUACCGACUUCAGUAACGACAGCAGGAUAGCAAUACACAGCAGUCUGAGGAGCCAUAAACAAACCUCAACCAAAACCAAGAACAGCACCUAACUUCAUCAACAGAACAUAUAGGGUCCCAGCCAUAGUACUGGUCACCAAACAUCUUUUUAACUUUGCCUAAUUUCUUUAGCAAAGAGACUAAACACAACUCAUCUACUCUCUUCCAGCAGCAGCUUGUUUUUAGCGAGACCUUGACCAAUCCAUUACGGACCGCUGCGGGGUGACACAGCUCAAGGAAGAACAUUUAAGAUCAUUUCUUUAUAAUUUCCUUGAAGGAGUAAUCACCAUAUUAAUAAUUUUGCACUGCAGACACGGUCGUCCUUCUGCCUUAGCGUCUCGGUCUGAUUGUAUUUCCAUGAAGAAAUGAUCAUAAAUGUUCUUCCUUGAGCUGCGUCACCCCGCUGUAGUCCGUAAUGGACUGGCCUGAGGUCUCGCUACAAACAAGCGGCUGCUGGAAGAGAGUAGGUGAGUUGUGUUUAGUCUCUUUACGAAAGAAAUCAGGCAAAGCUAAAAGAUGCUUGAUGGCUAGUGCUGUGGCUGGAACCCUAUAUGUACUGUUGAAGCAAGCGGUCGGCAACAUUCAUCCCUCGAGGGGGUGUCUAACUCGAUGUUACGGUGUGUUUGACCCUAAAUUAAUUUCAUAUCCCUUUAAGUCUGCUUCUUCAGCCUAGAUCUGGUCACCUCUCUUCAAAUAUAAGACCACUAAAGUGUUUUUUAAUGAUUUUUCACCAAAACAAUAAAAGACCUAAACCAGCUCUAUGUAAGUAGGCCGUCCUGACCUUUAAGCCAUUUAGCUCUUUUCCAAGAUUUUAAUCUUUACACACCGUCAAUAUCAAUGCAUGUAUUAUUCAUAUAUUAACACACAUAAUGUUGAGAUUGCUUUGAGCAAUAAUCAACUCAGGAAAAAACUAGGCCACAGCUAAAGGCUAAUGCAAUCUAUCACUGUCAGACUUCUAGUAGUGUAGUACAUAAAAUACUGCACAUGUGAAUUUUGGGGGUGUAAUCAAUGUCAGGAGAAAAAUGGUUCGAGCUGGUAGCAUCCUGUAGCCUGUUAUUGCAGAUGCAUGCCAAAAAACUACAACAGGAAACUUAUGUUGUGACAUGUUCCUGACUGUUAUUGUUAAUUCGUACUCAAUAUAUCGUGAUUAAUUAUUAUUUUUUUACAAUGCACAGAGAGUAACUCACAGAUGUGUUUCCUAAUGCUCUGGAUUAACACACAUACUAUGUCAUUUAUUAACGAAUGGUUCCAGAUUUUUUUAUAGGACUAAUUGAAUUGGAGAGAAAUGUAGAAUAUCUCCAGGCUUUAUUCAUACAUAAUAAAUACAAUAAGCUCAUAAAAGACAUAAGGGGCCACCCAGACUACAAGCUGCAUUUGGGGGUUUACCUACAGUACCAGACUUAAGUCCAGUCAGGUGGUUUCGAAGCUGACUGGAAUGAAAGAGCUUAGGAUUGUUGAUACUAUUGUUAGCGAGGCUGUUGAAACUCCUUCUGCUGAAGAUAUUUGCAGGCGGCCUGAACGUUUACACGGAAACUCUGGGAGAUAGAGACACCUUUCUUUGAGCGUAGAUGAUGAGAGAAGACGUGGUUCUUCUUUUCAUGUAUUUACAAAAUAAAAGUUCAUUUAUUGUUAUCGUUUUUUUUAAAUAUGCCACUUUUGUUGUAUUGUAAAAAUGGAUGUCUAAAAGGGUAUUUUCUAAUGAAGCAGAGGGAAAUGACUGGCACUGCAGGGCUGUGAACAAAGCGUGUGACUGUCUCUCACCUCCCUUUUCCUCCCUCUUCUCUCCUAUUUCUUUUUCCUCUCCUGCCUCCCCCUCUCCUGCUGUCUGUCUGUCACUUUCUCCUCUCUCUCUCAGGCCCACAUAAAGACCCCAGAGAAAGCUUGCCUUUCGACGGAGUAGAGAAAGAGGUGAGAGAGGAAUCUUUUCAAACGCUGAUGAUGUGUGACUCACAGUCUGUCAAUCUGUCAAUGUGGUCUAGAGAUGAGUAUGUGAAUUAUGUAUAUUUAGAGGGUGAAAUUAGGGGAGUUUGAGCAGAAGGGAGAAGAAUACGAUCACCUGUAAUUGAAAGCAGGGUUAUUUUUCUUCUUUUUCCACCUGCUGUGCAUGUGUGAUAUAGGGCGCAUGCAGACGUAGGCACCCUAACAGUGCUGUGUGCGUAUUGAUUUCCUUUGGUGGGGCUAAUAAAGUAACCUUUUAUCACAGCUCUUAACACCAGAGGCUGAUUAAUGGUCAGAGAUGUAGUUUGGUGCCGGAGGAAAGGGUGAAGGGGUUGUUGGACCGAGCUGGAGAGCUGAAAAUGAGAUAGAAAUGGAUCGAGCUGGACACAGAUAGACAGAGAUAAAAGACUAAGAGCCAAAUUAUCUUAUCAAGGGGUCCGUGUCUGGCUCUGGGGACGAGGGUUGUCAUGUGAUGGGAGGUUGGAUGGAUAGAUAGUGAGGAAGGUUCUGUGCAGGACAAAUUACAGGAGGAGGGAAGAGGCAGAUCGGUGAGGAAAUGGUGGAAAUGGUAGUCAGGUUUAUCUGGAGGAAAGAAGUCAUCCAAAGAGUGCUCCAUCGAAUCUGGUGGCAGCAUAUGUAUAUUUAACACAUAAGGAAGUUAUAACAAAGAUUGACUGUAUAAAUGUUUGAAAUUCAUCUCAAACUCAGUCUGAAAAGGUUGACUUAGAGGUGACUUAAUGUGUAUCUCAGUAUUUGUAUGAGGUCCCCCUCUUUGAUAUGUGCCUCACACUGUGUUCACGACGUCUCAGGCGGGCAGCAGUCGAGACACGGGGAAAUCGCCCUCCAGCCUGGGCCUGGCAGACUUCGACCUCCUGAGGGUUAUCGGCAGAGGCAGCUACGCCAAGGUGCUGUUGGUGCAAUUGAAGAAAACAGAGCGCAUCUACGCCAUGAAGGUGGUGAAGAAGGAGCUGGUGAACGACGAUGAGGUAAAAAAAAACGAUAUUGGUAUUCACGCUGAUAUAAUGGCAGCUUUCAUUCUGGCUCUGCAAGAAGCUAAUAUGCUGUGGAUAGACUGAUAUAUCUGCUUUUCAUGGAGUUAUGAUUGAAUUCUGCUCUGACUGUCUGUUUCACUUUGAAUCAAACUCCAAUAUGAAAUGGCAGCCUCAAAUCUCUGCUUCAUAACCCGUCUUAGAUUGUCUGUUUUACCUCUCUCUGAUACCACAGGGGUCUACAAAGAAACUAAAAAUGGUGAGGUAUAAGAAAUCAAAUCCUAACAAGUUGUUAACAAGACUGACUGAACAUGGUAAUCUGCCUAAACUAAACCAUGGGUUUAUUAUGACUCCACCCUGAAUAAGUCAAGAAAAGAAACUGAUAAAUGGAGUGUUUAUUUAAAAAAAAAGUCACUUCAAGAGUUUCAGUUUUUUAAUAUUUACAUCCCGUCCAUCAUGUUGAUGAGUCCUCAACCCGAACCUUUGGUGUGACCUUCAGUAGAGCGAUAAUGAAGUCACUGUCAGGCUUUGUUUAAUGAAUCAUGAAUGGUGAAAAUCUGCAGUUUAUUCGUUUGUUCUGUUCUGCGUCAAUAAGAGGAGGAACUCUGUACUUCAGCUUUCUGAGGGGCAAAGACAGCUUUCAAAUAUGAGCUGAAAGCCACUCAGUACAGCGGAGGCUCGUCUUAUUCAACAAGGGAAUCAAAAGGAUUUGAAUUGAAUGGGAACCGUACGAACUCUCUCUGCCUUUAAAAAUGUAAACUCUAUAAAAAUAUUAUGCAAGGCUGCCACAUAAAACCGCGUUGGUAGAAAGAAAUAUUGAUAUUGUGCAGAAAAAGAUGCAUUCAGUAAUACUUUAUAAUUGAUUAGUUCAUAGUGAAGGGUAGUAGCGUUUGUCCCCACCAUCUUUAAAACGGAGGGAAGAGGAAGAAGCAGCAGCAAACAGCAGAAGAAAGACUCAAGGUCCAAUCGAAUUGUCCUUUUUUGGUUUCGAAGGUUCCUGACUGAGUGAAAAGACCCGGCAGUGAUUGAAUAUCAGCCGUUUUAAAAGCUGUGUGAGUUCUCCAAAGGAGAAGGAAAGAAGCUUCCUUUAUUAUCUCCUCAGAGCAGAAACAGUGCAGUCUGCCCUUCCACCAGUUAGUGGGUUUGAUUGAGUUAUCAUAUUGAUGUCAGAUGUGGAGAUUGUGGAUGUUUGUCAGUUCAUCCCGUUGCCUUUUUUCUAUUCAUUAGCGUACCUUCUCUUUCUUUGUCAGCUGUGGUUAAAGACUCUCUCUCUCUUUCUCUCUCUCCCUCCCUGCGUUUGUGUUCGGACGUCUCAUUUAAAGACAAAAUUGACUGAUAGCUUGGUUCUUCUUCUACUAAGUUUUUGUCAGUAUUCCUUUUUGCUUCAGUCAUCAUGAGGUGAAACUCAUAACAGACUGCAGCUCAGAGAUUCUGUCACACUGAGUGUCUUUAAGGGCUGUCAGGCUUUUCAAAUUCAUCCACUAAAUGAUUUGCUUUGUGAUUAAUCUCCCUAAAUUAGCUAAAAUCUUGCCUUACAGGUAGACUUACUCAUUUGACAUUUCCUUAUCCUUCAGGAGGUUAUUUUGUAUUUUGUCUUUUUUUUUGUUCAUUCUCAGUUCUCCACCCUAUUUGAGUUCACAAACGGCGUUAAUCUGCUUAGCUUGGUUGCAGUUGUUUUUCUCCCCACGCACACACUUCCCCUCCGCUCUCUCACCGCACACAGCCGCUUGCUCUGCCUCUCUCUGCGUCUCUCUCUUUUUAUCAGCAGAAUAAAAACUCUGACUACUCAACUUCCGUUAAUGAACUCUGGUUUCAUUUUAACAACAACAGGCGAUCCAAGCUUGUAGCUAUCGACGUUAAAACUCAUCUGAUACAGUUUGACAUUUUCAUACGGAUGCCUCAAAGUUACGCUGCCCCCUUUAAGUCCGCUAAGUGUCACAACAACACAUCACCUCUAUCUAUUGAGAUGUGAGGAGGUUACUUAAUAGUGCAGUCAUCAGUCUUCAGUCACAGCCAUGUAUAAUUAAUACAAUUAGUGCGGUCAAUGGAGGCUGUUAUUUAUCGCGUAACGAACAUGUGUCUCAUGCUAUUGAACAUUCACCUUGUUUAUCUCGUCUGAAACACUUUGAGCUAAAUUGACAGUCCUCUUCCAAGCCAUCAGUCUCCCUAAGAAGGUGCAGAUAAACCAUCAUGUCAUCAAAAAUUGAUCCUGACGUACACAUGUAGCAGCACAGCCACAGGCAAUGGGAGUAGUUAGCCUUGAUUAGACGCACUUAGCGUGAUUGACAAAUUGACAAGCGGCUUUCGAUCAAUGCUCAAGUGUUCCUCUGUCCCUGCCCUGUCAGCGUGAGCAGCAUCCGUGUCCAGACAUAUUAUCACCCCGCCAUCGAUAGGAGCCCGCCUCCUGCUUCCACUGGCUCAGCCCUUUUCUUCUGCACCGCACCGCCGCGGACGCAGGCUGUAGCCUCUCUGCCUCCAGGAUUGGUCGAUAAAGCGCCAUGCUUAUUCAGCUCUUCCGAGUUCAAGGAUACAGUGACGCUGUUAUCUCUGAUGUAUUUUUGGGUGUGUUCUUGUGUGUUUCUCUUCCAGGACAUCGACUGGGUCCAAACAGAAAAGCACGUUUUCGAGCAGGCCUCUAAUCACCCCUUCCUGGUCGGCCUUCACUCGUGUUUCCAGACAGAAAGCAGGUGAGAGCUUCACUUCUGCUCAUGUCACACUUUCUCACGAGAAAGUCACUCAGGAAGGAAGACCUUUAUGAUCUGAUAAUGAUGCCUUUUAAUCAAACGACGUCUUUAAGAAGUGAAGCUGUGAGGAAACUUCUCGUUUAAUAACAUUACAAAUGGAGCGAUAAUAGUGCGUCUCCUUCAUUACCGCUGCUGUGGUUGAGGUUUGGUUUAGUUUAAGGUCAGGCUGACAUUUGGGAGGGAGUAUAAAUAUUGUUAUGGUUGUGGAAAGGUCUUCAUUAUGACUUAAUCUCCUAAAAACUCAGUUUAGUAUCAGCAGUUUUUGGAAACAUUUGUGCUCAUCACAGAAUGAGUCACCAAAAAUAGAUGUGGUUUAUUCCUCCAUUAGUUAGUUAUCGCUCUAAACUUAGAAUAGGUGUGGAUGUUUUUUUAAAGAUGUUUUUUACAUGAAUCUCACGUUCAGUUUUAAAAAGUAAUAUAAACUUAAGGAGGACUGUGUGUUUCAUUCGCAGAUGUAAAGUAGCUGAAAUACAACUCCAUGUUUGACCCAUUUGAAAAAAAAAAAGCAUCUUUACAGUAUGUGUUGAAGUUGAAUAAUAAUCUGUUAUAAAAUGUGCUUCUUCUUCUUUUCCAGACUGUUCUUUGUUAUUGAGUAUGUGAAUGGUGGAGAUCUCAUGUUCCACAUGCAGAGGCAAAGAAAACUCCCAGAAGAACACGCCAGGUAGAAUCAAACUCUCGUUCACUGUGAAUGAUUUAGAUGAGAACUCAUUGUUCCGCACAUUUACUGAAUUUGAAUGUAAAAUUGACUUCAUUUGACCUUUUUAGGCCUUUUUCAGGUUUCACGCCGUACACAGUCUACUCAGAAAAUGUGUUUCAGACUAUUUUGUGCACUUGAACACUUUUGUUGAAAUCAGUAAAAGUUGUUUUGUUCUGUUUUGUAGUUGUGUAAUUUUUUAAAUGCAUUUCUAUCCACUUUCAGAUUCUACUCUGCAGAAAUCAGUCUGGCACUAAACUACCUCCACGAGCGGGGGAUCAUCUACAGAGAUCUGAAGCUGGAUAACGUGCUGCUGGACUCAGAGGGACACAUCAAACUUACAGACUACGGCAUGUGCAAGGUGAGGUUUGUCUGUAUGAUGGAGACUCAGGCGUGCAUGAGUGUCUGUUUACAGCCUUCUGAGAUCUCACGACUGAUGAUGUUUCUUUUCUUUUGUUAUUUUACAGGAGGGCUUAAGACCAGGCGACACAACAAGCACUUUCUGUGGUACUCCAAAUUACAUCGCCCCUGAAAUUCUCAGAGGAGAGGAUUACGGUGAGAGUCACAAAAUGCAAACACUUCCAAGACAUCCAAUUAUUUUAUUUAUAAUCAUGCAGCAGUCGGGGCAAUAUUUUGUUAAUCCGGGAUGCUUCUCUGCUGAUGCUACAGCGCCUGGAUCAUUCAUAUAUCUGGAAAAAAAUGGCUUAAGUGCGAGAAAAAAAUGAGCAAAAAAACAGAUGAAAGGUUAUGAAGAGCUCUCAGGGGAUGAGAAGAAAUCAUAACUGGUUUAAUAUUUAACACUUGUGCUUUUCUAGUUCUGACAAUCCAGAGAAAAAUGACCAAAAUGAUCAUUCAAAACUGCAUGUGUGUAUGAGAACACUUGUUUUUUUAAUGCUUAAGUAUCAAAAUGACUUGACAUGCAUUAUGUUUCAUUUCUUUACAUCAUUUGGUAAACAGUCAAAUUUGAUGUUAAUUAGAGAAAUCAUGAAGACGGACAGUUUAGUUUAUUUGAUUUAACAUUAUUGAUCGAUAUGUUGAGGCACAUAUCACUACAUUUUCAUGGCACAUUGAGGACUAAUUGGUACGAGUUGGGAACUGAUUAUUUACUCCUCAUCAGAUCAAAAGAAAAGUUGUUGAGACGCUUUUAUGAUAAAUACAAGAAACAAUCAAAAAAAGAGAUAUCCGUCCUUUUUUCAUUUGGGUUCUGAUGGUGAUAGAGUUAUUUUGGAUCUGGUUCCCUGUUGCUAGGACACUGAAGGCUUCGUUAUCUAAACCUUUUGUUCCUCACUUUUUUUUUCCUCAUCUUGUGAUGCUCUUCUAGUUUUCAGGUUUUGAACCUAAACUAAAUUAAAUCUGUAGCACUUUUUGUUUCAACGAUGACAAAAGCAAAACUUCAAUUACAACUGCAAAAGGUAAAACUUAUUUAUGAGAGAUUUGUCACUAAAUGUGAGAAUAGUUUCUACAGACAUCCUGUCUUUAUUUGCUUCAUUGGCAAUUCUGUUUUUUAAAGACUUAGGAGCAAAAUGAAAACGUGUCCAUGCUAAUGCUAAUCAUGUAAUUCUAUGUUUGGAUAAAGCUCCACUGGUUUGGUUAGAAAAGCCAUUAGCAGCGGAGGAAAGAAUUUGUAGUCAUUUAGUAAAAGCAUGAAAAAAAGGGAGCGGUUGCCAUAGUAAUGCCUCAACCCUGGUAUGCUUGUUACAGGAGGAGUAAUUUGAAAACACAGGAGUUAAUGAGGGUUUCUAAAGCAUCUCUGCCAUGGAGCUGAUUUUGUUUAGGAUACUGCGAGGAGACUAAAUGACGGCUUUUGACCCGACAGUGUUUUGGUGUCGCUCUUUUACCUGCUGAAACACUUCUGCCAUUUUGCCCUCUGUGAAACAUGUUUCUAAUAUGUAGUUUUUAGCUUAAUUGAAGAACGCUAUUAAGAGAACUUCAUUUGCAACUUGGUCCUAAUUUUUGUGAUCUUUCAGCUGUGUAAAAGUAGUUUAUGGAAAAUUAGGCACAUUAGGAUAAAACAAACAAGUCUUCUGAUGCUUGAAAUGUAAUGUUUGCAAUAAAAGCCGUCCAAGAGGAGAGUUACUUCUUCUGUUAGACACUUAGAACUCCGCUGGAUUGUCAGGGAUCCCACAUGACACCAUCAAUAUUGUUUAGGUUUCUAUACCAUGUAUCUCUAUGGGAUGAAAAGUGUUCAAAAGCUAUUGAGGGUUUCCAGUCAUUUCUACACCUGCCACAAGGUUUACAAUCCAGCCACAAAAAUAGAUGUUUGAUCAGAGACGUUUGAUGGUAAAUCCGCAGUGAUACACCAGUGAAAACAUGAUUAUUUAUCAUAUUGUUGUGAUAAAAAAAGAUCGCUAUCGCUAAAUGCCGCUAAUGUCAUCCGGGUUUGACAAGCUGUUUUGAUAACGUCUUUUUCUGUCAAACUUUCAAGCAAUUACAUGAUCUUAUUUUCUUCUUCUAUUGUUCCAUUGACGGUAGUGUCCAAUAAGAGGCAACCAAAGAUCAGCAAGAGACAAGAAAGUUCCCUGUUUGUCUUAAAAAUAAGAAAUAGUGGUCCUCAAUGUUUGGAAACAAGGAAAGAAGAGAUUAUGAGCAGUAUGAUGUGGUCCUCUGUCUCAUCCCAGACAGGAACAGGCAUAAACAACUGUAAAUAGAAAAAAAGUGUAAAUUUGUAAAUAGUUUCUGUUGCGUGUUUGUUCAAAUCCCAAUAUUUCUUCUCCUGAUAGCCAAGACUUAACAGAAUGAUGUGCAGGUGAAGAAAGUCUUGGUCGCUGUAAAUUUAUGUGUUUUUGUACUGUUGGUAUCAAUUUCCGUUUUUGUUUUUUGGUUGACUUUGAUGGUUCUGAAUCCACUGACACAUUCAUUUUACAUAAUUUUUGCCCCCAUAAACUGACAGCUGAGGUUGUCCUGAAAAAAAAAGAUGUGUAUAUAUUGAAAGGAUAGAGUUGAUACAUAGAUUGAAAUUAAAAAAAAGAGGCAGACCAAAAAUAAACCCUAUUUUUAUUUUCUCACAGUGUUGGUCAGAUUUGUAACGUAACAUCUCGUGUGUCUCCAGGUUUCAGCGUGGACUGGUGGGCGUUGGGCGUACUGAUGUUUGAGAUGAUGGCGGGCCGGUCGCCCUUUGACAUUGUUGGGAGCUCUGACAACCCAGACCAGAACACAGAAGACUACCUCUUCCAAGGUAAAAACACAAACACGUGCAGGCGCAUGCACACACAGUCGAGAUUUGUCACCAGAGGGUGAAAAAAGAAGCUCUGUGGAAGUAUGCAACACCUUUGUAUUGACACCUUUCUAAUGGUCGCCUCUCCCAGCACCAGGCACAUGCCAUCUGCUGCAGAGAGACGUGUGAAUGCUGUUGUUUUUGUCUGUAAAUUCAUUGUAAAUACAGCUUGUUACAUGUCAGGACUUUCAGAGAAGUGUAAAUCAUUGGACUCCACAGAACGAGCCUCAUCGCAGUCGAUUUUGAUCAGAGGCCGGUGACAUUUAAGUGAAAGGCCUCAGUGUGUGUUCAACAUCAGUGUACCCAGCAGCUAUAAACACACACCUGCAGGGGCAUCAUCUUGUCAUUUUGGCCUUAGGAUGCUGUCUGUCUCACCCUCUCCCCCGCCUCUCUUCUCUCACCUCCCGCAGUAAUAUUGGAAAAACAGAUCAGGAUCCCACGCUCGUUGUCAGUCAAAGCCGCCAGCGUUCUCAAGGGGUUCCUCAACAAGGUAGGAAGGGGUCAGAUGGGUGUGGAUCAAUCUUAAAUCCUGCUGGCUGCUGCCGGCUCCUGACAGUGACAUUAUUACAGCCUGUGUUAGAGUCAACUGCCAUCGUGGACCGUCUUUGUACUCACUCUCCUUCAAACACCUUUUCACCUUCUAUAAUAUUUCUUACUUUUUCUCCCACCUAACCCCUCCCCUCUUUUUCACCUUCACUUGCAAAUUCUCUCCUUUCUCACCUUCUCCACCUUCCUCUCCCCGUCGCCUGCCUUUCUCGUCUCCUCCCUUGCAUCCACUGUCUCUCACCCCCCUCUCACCCUCGCUCCCACAGGAUCCAAAGGAGCGUCUAGGCUGCCACCCUCAGACUGGCUUCGCUGACAUCAUGGGUCAUCCGUUCUUCCGAAACGUCGACUGGGACCUCGUGAGUCAUUCACUUGUAUUCUCGCUAUGUUUCCAUGCUUCUCCCUCUCUCCGGCUGCUUCUUGGGUUUCCUAGUUCAUCACGAUUUUCAUCAUACUCUCAAAUGAAGGGAAUCAUGGUGUGCUGCGCCAAAUAGGUCAAAAUCAAUCCAUAUAUUGAUUCUGCGGGGAAGGAAAAACUGAAAGCUGCUACUAGACAGCAGAAGGUCAAAUUUAAGUGCAGCAGUGUCGUCUUCGCUGCGCUGCCCUGCGGGUGCAGGAGCUCAGUCGGAGCAGACGGUUAUUAGUGAUGGGAUCAUGAGAUUACAGACAGACAGGUAGAAAUAAACGAGACAGACAGGAGACUGACAGCAGCAGAAAUGAGUGGAUAAGGAUGAGGGAGGAGGAGAAAUGUCAACAUUUGAUGAAGCAAUACAUCCGAUUUAGAUUUCAUUUGUCUGACAGAGACAACAGUUAGCUUUCGCUUCGCUCCGCAGAACACACUCUGGAUAUUAAAUACAGUCUUAAAAGGAAAGCAGGGUGCAGGGUUGCUACACGAGCCGCUUUCAAACAUGCACCACAAUCCUAAAAAUAUUCCACCUUGGUCUUGGUGAGCUGCCACCCAAACAGACUAUUCUUUCAUCCUGACUUUACACGGACUUUCUCCUCACAGCUGCUAUAAGGAAAAAUUUGUGCAAGAAGUCAGGGUGAGCUUUUGUGUUAACACAUCGAGUACUGAUCUCAGAAGCACUGCAGUCUGUUAACCAUUUUGGGAAGAGUUUCUAUGUUUAAUACAAAGAAGCUAUGCUCGCCUCAGUUGUCUAUCCAUAAGUGAAAAUGCCCCAUGUAUGUUGCCAUGAUUAAGAAUGAACAAACAGGAACACGAGACAGUACAACUCAGUCGUCCCCCGCUCUCACAGUCUGGGUCUUGUGUUGUGAGAAAGCCUCUGACAUCGAUAAUCUUCCACUGUGAAAUGAAUGCAUGAAAUUCAAGCUCUGAAAUGAUCCAGAAAAUGUCAUAAUUUAGUUAGUGAAAGGAGCUCCAGUGUGAGUUUUCCUGCGUCAAAAUCUCAAGAUAUAAGGUGCAUAAACAGAAAUAAAUGUCGCAGCUUUAGAAGAGAUUGUUUCAGUCACAGAGCUGCAUGUGUGAGGAAAGUGGUGAAUUUCUGAACAUAGGAGACAAAAUCUCUAAAUUUAUCAGCAUAGCUAACACAGACAACUUUUGUUAAAUUGUAACGAACCCAACUUUAAAAUCCCAAACUAACAAUUCUUUAAAAUAAGAUGUUAAAUUUGGCGCAUGAAUGGUUAGGGUCACAUUACUGAAGGUGAGUGUUGGAUUCAUUUUACAAGAUAUUUUGUCCAGCUGUGAUUCUGCGAUUAUCUGAUUCAGGUUUUGUUAAGUGUAAUCACACAAACUACAUAGAUAUUUAGAUUACUAUGAUAAAGUUUAGCUGACAUAUUGAUGCAAAGUGUCUUUAACACCACUCAGUUUUAAAGAGGUGAAAAUGUCUCAUCUUUUUGAGUUACAGCAGUAAGAACAGACACAUGGUGGACUUCCUCUCUGCUCGUUUGAAAGUUCGUGUCGGACCUCGUGUGUCGCUGUGAGAGGCAUCAGAAAGGAAUCCCGCUGAAAGUUAAACUGGGACUAAAAAUAAUCAGUAAUUCUGAAGCUUCCUGUUCUCAGUUUCAGCAACGAGUAAAAGUCGUAACUCAAGAGUCAGCGACACUUCCUGUCGUGUGACAUCUAAAACUGUAAAUAAUACCGACAUUCACAGGAUUAUUUUUAGUGUUUGCGGUGAGCUGUCGACAGAUCCAGUAGACUCACAGGCUUAUCAAGAUAUGAUCGUUUUAUGUACUUCACAGAUAUUUUCCGUUCUGACUAAUCGAAGACUGAUUACUAAGUGGUAAAUUUACAGUGGAAGUUGUACGAUGUUGUGACAUUAAUGUAAGAAUAAAUCUAAACAUUUCAGAACCUGGAAAAAGCGAUUUAGUUUUAUAAUUAUUGCAUUUAACAUUCAUGUCUGACAUUGAAAGGUUGCUUGUUGAAAUAACUUAGUCAGUUUUGGAUCACAGACUUACUGACUGAUUGUUUAAUCCUGAUUUUAAUGUUGAGAAAUUUUAAAAAGUCGCUCUUAACUCCCUCAAAAUGAAAAAAAAUUCAAUCUUUGGCUCGAGACUGAAAGCAGUUGAGUUUAAUCCACUGCAGCACUCCGCUCUGUUUGGCAGGCGAACUGAUUCAUUAAUAGUUUGUUUAGCUGAGUUGAUAUUUUGUCAAGGAUGAAAGAUUUAGAGGGUUAAAACUUGAAUAAAUCAAAUUUAUCACCUCAGGUUUUAAACUUUUUCAUCAUUAAGUAACUUUUUGAUUUAUUUCCAAACUAAACUGCUUCGAAUCGAGAGGUUACGGAAAGUUUGUGCAUCAGUAAAUUAUCAGACGCUGCUCUUUCCAGGUGGACAGACUGACCUUAACAGAAGUACAGACAGACAUGUGCUGCUGGAUAACAUGACAGACAGGCAGACAGGGCAGCUCGCCAGAGAGCUCCAUGACCUCUUUUUCCCUGUUUGGUCUGGAGCAGGGACCCAGCAGUCGGUCAGAGUGUCUGGAGGGAUCGACUUACACCCCUCCCUCACCCUCAUCCCCCCCUCUUCAGCACACAGACGCAAACCUGAAAAUUAACCAUGCAGGGCACCUGACGGCCUGCAGGGGGAGCAGGUGCUGGCUAGCAGACAAGUAGUGUAAUAGUUCAGACACAGGAGAGAAACCUCUACAAGGAUGUUGAUGUAAUCUGAUACAAAUAUAAAGCAGCAUGUAAAAAAGAUUGUUUGAUUCAAGUUCAUAAAGGUGUACAAGUUAAAAAUAGUACAGUAUAAAUGUAUAAGCUUCAAUAAAUAAACACUCAUAUGUUCAGGGUAUCUAAUUAUUACUUAAAGUGAUAUCAAGCUUUGAGUGCACUUUGUGUCUUCCACAAGAAUUAGUCUGAAUACAGCGAGCUUUGUUGUUGUAAUAGAUGAAGAUAAUGAUGUCUCUGUAAACCUUGGGAAGUAAAUUCACACUUAUGAGAGGCUGUGACAAAGAGUGUGAACAUAAUUGCAUGAACAAUUUCCCACAUUUUCAAUGGAGGAUUAAUGCACUUUUUCAACAAUAUCAUUAAAUCCAAUCAGUGUCUCUUCAAUCCGUCAAUCACGCUUUGUUCACACAGCACUCUUCAUACGAAUCGAGCACAGUUUAAAAAAGUAGGACUGGGCGAUUAUGUGAUCGUGAUCGAUGAUCGUGAUGAAUUUCAGUUCAAUCACGGUGAUCAGACAUAGCAGAAUUAAAUAUAGCAGAAAUGUGCGUCACAACAGCCAAUCAGAGUCGAGCUUUUCCUGCUCACUUCUGUAAGUCGCCGGAGAAGUAAACAGAAUAACCGAACAUAGAGCUAAACAGAAAAAUAGAUGUCAGCCGUGACUUUGAGUCAUCCGCCGAAGAUGAUAUUGUUGAAGUUAUUCAACGUCGGAUGUGUGGCGGUGGUUCGGAUUAUAUCUCCAAAGUGAUGUCAAGCAAUUAAGCCGAUGUGUAAGCUAUGUUAGCAGUCGGUGCCCUCAAAAACCGGCAACACAACAGAUCUGUUUAAUCAUUAGAGGAAGUACUUCCCAAGUGAUUAAGUGGAAAGCAUGAAAAUGUGAGCGGAGUCUGCACAACCUGUUACUGCUGACAGCACAAGUAGCAUAGGCAGUUUAGCUACAACUCGCGACGCAGCCACCAGACCAAAGCAAUCAAUCAUAUCAGUACAGAUGCUUUAAAACUGGCGGUUUAAAAAAAAAAAAAUCGUGAUAAUAAUUGAAAUCGGACAAUAUGACAAAAUAUAUUGUGAUCUGUCCAUGUAGAUUCUCAUUCAUCCAUGUCAUGGUUUUCUUGAAGACUUAAAAACAGGCACCUCUACACAGUCCAGUUGCCUGUUUUCAAGUCUUCAAGAAAAUAUAUCGUGAUCAUUUUUUUUGCCAAAUCGCCCAGGCCUAGUUUAAAGUGCUUAUCUUGAACACUGAUACUGAACAUGUGUUUGAAUGUCAGGUGAAAAGCGUUGAGUUUGUCGACGUCUCAGUCCUGCUCUGUUUGUUAUUACAGCUGGAGCAGAAGCAGGUGGUCCCUCCUUUUAAGCCCAACAUCUCAGGGGAAUUCGGGCUGGACAACUUUGACGCCCAGUUCACCAACGAGCCCAUCCAGCUCACGCCUGACGAUGAGUGAGUUUUCUCGUUCAAACCAACACAUCAGGGUUUUUGUAAUAAACUUAUCGUUCUUUCAAACUAACAACAUUUUCUCUUUUUUUUUUAUCUUUGUAGCGAUGUGGUGAAGAAGAUCGACCAGUCUGAGUUCGAAGGCUUUGAAUACAUAAACCCACUUCUGAUGUCAGCCGAGGAGUGUGUGUGAGAGUCGGCGGCUCCUGCGCUCACACAUAUACCAUUCCCAAACACACACCCACACACAAACACACACACACUCUCAUGCACGUGUAACGUGGCGUCUCAGUGUCUUCAAGAUGCAUGGUUACGAGACAACUUGACGACAUCAACCUUCUGUUUGAGGGCCACACAUGCACAGUAGAACGCUUAUUUGCCAAAACCAGACUCACACUCAGCCAUUUAUAACCACUUGCCCUUAAGCCUACCUUCUUUCUUAAUUAUUUUUAUAUCAUGUAAAAUCUGCACUGAUAUCAAUCUUCUCAUCGGGGCCUCUUUAUCGGUAGCCGACAAGGCUACAAAGUUCUUCCAAGGUUGCUGUACACAAAGGGGGCAGGGUGGGUCCAGACGAGCCCCCCGACGACACAUGAACUGAACAUCCUCUCCUUCCAGCUGGUGGGGUGUUUUCAAUGCAUAUUUUAUUUGUAUAUAUGUGAAUCUACUCUGAGGAUAAAUGUUAGAAAAAGGCCUUUUUAGCUUCAAGCCACAGCCGGACAAAAACUGACCACUUGAUCAUCAUGAAGUCAUUUUGAAUUUGGCUUUGUGGCGACAUCCCUUCAGUAGAGGAAAGAAGAAUCAUAACACUAGCCUUUUAAAAAAAAAAUCAAAAAGAUAAAAAUCUAUAUAUUUUCUCAUUUUUUUGUUUUUAUUUAACAACAUAGCAGUCAUUAUAUAUGUUGUUCUGAGUGUUUAAAUGUCCAACCUGAGUAACGGAACCAAAAAGGGUUCAGGAUUUGUUGUUGUUUUAGACGAAUAUCAACAUCUGGAUAAACAGAAGGUGUCUGCGUGGAGCUCCUUCUCCCAGAAUGAAGGACCGUAAACAGCAGCAGCAGCAGCAUCCAGGCGACACUAAUAAUGAGUUACUGCUCUCAAACUGUGAAUGAAAGAGCUGGCUGUACAGGGGAAGGUGCUGGAGGAGGAGCACAGGUGAAACGAUGCUGUGCAGACCGUGGAUGAAAUCAAACACUCACACAGGACCAAAUAUAAACAUACUUCUGAAAGAUGUCAUGCUGGUACGAAUUAGGAGGUACAGUGAACGUAAGGAAAAUGUGCUGUUCUAAGUCAUAGAAUUUAUAUAUACAGAUGUUUUUCUGCUCAUUUUUUUAAUACUAUGCCUUUCUGAAACAUAAGGUCUGUUUCCUUUUUUUUUUUUUACUUUCUUCAUUCCAUGUAUGUCUCUUGUUGUAAAUCAAAACACUAAGUGAUUGUCUAUAUGAGAGUUUGGUUAUUAGUCCAAAGCCAUGGCGCAGUGACGUUUUAAGGCAAAAAUGUGGCUUUAAAACUGUCGACUGUGUCUGUUGAGCUCCAUUGUUAUUAUCACAUUUAAUCCACAGGUUAUCAUCUAAAUUAGGCGUAACGUAAAGGCUCGGUCGAGUCUCCUUCCUCUCCUUCUGACUGUAUCAACACUAAGUGAUGGUGCAUGAACCUCCAGACUCUCAUCCAGUCUAAGCUGAAGCUCUCUUUAAAAAGGUUUUGGGACUCACGUGGUGACCGGAGGAACACUUUCAUCUGUUACACGUUACUUUUGUUCCAUUGUUGUUAUUUUUUUUGUAAAUCAGAAUCGAGUUUGAAUUUUUUUUAUCACUACAUUGAUUCCAAAACGUUACUGGAUGAACCCAGUGGAAACACUACUUGUUGUAUUGGUUGUGUUUUGGGGGUGUCCACCACCCAGAGGACUCAGAUGACCUUUGUUAUUAGUGUGCAAAGAAAAAACACUGAUGGUAAAAUAAACAUUUUAUUUCUCUCCUUGUGGUAAUA